AAAGGGCAAGGGCCGGAGCAGAGGGGCACCGGGAGGCGUCGGAGCUCUAGAAAACCGUCCCUUUGGAGGCGGCGGCCGCUCUGAACCUCGCGCAGAGCACUUCGAAGGAGACAGAGCGAGGAAAGGAAAGUAGUUGCCCAGGCCCCCGGAAAGCGCUUUAACCGCUCGAGCCUGCACACCGGCGCAGUGGAUCUCGCCGGAACCCUUUUUCCCGCUCCCUCGGAACCUUUCUGGCGCGAUACGGCGCGCUACUUAGCGCGUCACUUCCGGCGAGGCAGAGGAGGCGGGAGAGUGAGAGAAAGGCUGGAAGACGAGCCUGCAGGAUGUUUCCUCAGUGAGGGGAAGGCUGCUGCACAAUGGCAGUUUUUGAUACUCCUGAGGAGGCCUUUGGUGUCUUACGUCCAGUCUGUGUUCAGCUCACAAAGACCCAGACAGUGGAGAAUGUGGAGCAUCUGCAGACACGACUACAAGCUGUGAGUGACAGUGCCCUUCAGGAACUUCAGCAGUACAUCCUCUUCCCUCUGCGAUUUACCCUGAAGACCCCAGGUCCCAAAAGAGAGCGUUUAAUCCAGAGUGUGGUGGAAUGCCUCACAUUUGUCCUUUCUUCAACAUGUGUGAAAGAACAAGAGCUUCUCCAGGAACUCUUUUCAGAACUCUCUGCUUGUCUGUAUUCACCCAGCUCCCAAAAACCUGCAGCUGUGUCCGAGGAGUUGAAAUUGGCUGUGAUCCAGGGACUUAGCACAUUAAUGCACUCAGCUUAUGGGGACAUCAUUCUGACUUUUUAUGAGCCCUCCAUUCUGCCACGUUUAGGAUUUGCUGUAUCUUUACUGUUAGGCCUUGCAGAACAGGAGAAGUCAAAGCAAAUUAAAAUUGCUGCCUUAAAAUGUUUACAGGUUCUACUCUUGCAGUGUGAUUGUCAGGACCAUCCAAGGUCGUUGGAUGAACUUGAACAAAAGCAGCUGGGGGAUUUGUUUGCCUCUUUUUUACCUGGAAUCUCAACUGCACUGACCAGGGUUAUCACGGGAGACUUUAAACAAGGUCACAGCAUUGUCGUAUCUUCCCUAAAGAUCUUUUGCAAGACAGUGAGCUUCAUUAUGGCUGAUGAACAGCUCAAAAGAAUCUCAAAGGUCCAAGCAAAACCUGCAGUUGAGCACAGAGUAGCGGAGCUGAUGAUUUACCGGGAAGCAGAUUGGGUAAAAAACACUGGUGACAAGUUGACUAUCCUUAUUAAAAAGAUAAUUGAGUGUGUUUCUGUUCACCCACACUGGAAGGUGAGGCUGGAACUGGUAGAACUUGUGGAGGACCUUCUUUUGAAGUGUAGUCAAUCAUUGGUCGAAUGUGCUGGUCCCCUUCUGAAGGCCUUAGUGGGACUAGUAAAUGAUGAGAGUCCUGAAGUCCAAGCCCAGUGCAAUAAAGUUCUGAGACAUUUUGCAGAUCAAAAAGUAGUGGUGGGCAACAAAGCCCUCACUGACAUCUUGUCAGAAAGCCUGCAUUCCCUUGCCACAUCUCUUCCUCGCCUAAUGAACUCCCAAGAUGACCAGGGCAAAUUCUCUACUCUUUCCUUGUUACUUGGUUAUCUGAAACUUUUGGGCCCAAAAAUAAACUUUGUCCUCAACUCUGUGGCCCAUCUCCAGCGCCUUUCCAAAGCACUCAUCCAAGUUCUAGAGCUAGACGUGGCUGACAUCAAGAUUGUUGAGGAACGGCGUUGGAACUCUGAUGAUCUGAAUGCUUCUCCAAAGACCUCAGCCACACAGCCUUGGAACCACAUCCAGAGGAGAUAUUUCCGCUUCUUCACUGAUGAGAGAAUCUUCAUGCUCUUGAGGCAGGUUUGUCAGCUACUUGGUUAUUAUGGGAAUCUUUAUUUGCUUGUGGAUCACUUUAUGGAACUUUACCAUCAAUCUGUGGUUUACCGGAAGCAAGCUGCCAUGAUCCUUAAUGAACUGGUUACAGGGGCUGCUGGGCUGGAGGUCGAGGAUCUUUACGAAAAACGUAUUAAAACAAACCCAGAGGAACUGAGAGAGAUUGUGACAUCUAUACUUGAAGAAUACACAAGUCAAGAAAAUUGGUAUUUGGUUACCUGUCUUGAAACUGAGGAAAUGGGAGAGGAGCUGAUGAUGGAGUACCCAGGCCUCCAGGCCAUCACGUCUGGUGAACACACCUGCCAAGUUACAUCUUUUCUAGCCUUCUCAAAGCCAAGUCCCACUAUUUGCUCCAUGAACAGUAACAUCUGGCAAAUAUGUAUUCAGUUGGAAGGAAUUGGCCAGUUUGCUUAUGCACUAGGAAAAGACUUCUGUUUGCUCUUGAUGUCAGCCCUUUAUCCAGUACUGGAGAAGGCUGGAGACCAAACCCUACUCAUUAGUCAGGUGGCUACCAGCACCAUGAUGGACAUUUGCCGUGCUUGUGGCUACGACUCCCUGCAGCACCUGAUCAAUCAAAAUUCAGACUAUUUAGUGAAUGGGAUCUCUUUAAAUCUGCGUCAUCUGGCUCUGCACCCUCAUACCCCAAAGGUCCUGGAGGUCAUGCUGCGGAACUCAGAUGCUAACCUGCUUCCUUUGGUGGCAGAUGUGAUUCAAGAUGUCUUGGCCACCCUGGACCAAUUUUACGAUAAGAGAGCUGCUUCCUUUGUCAGUGUUCUGCAUGCUCUGAUGGCAGCAUUAGCCCAGUGGUUCCCAGACACAGGUAAUCUCGGGCACCUCCAAGAGCAAAGUUUAGGAGAAGAGGGAAGUCAUUUGAACCAAAGACCAGCAACUCUUAAGAGCAGCACCACAGCUGAAGACAUCGAACAGUUUUUGCUGAACUACCUCAAAGAAAAGGAUGUGGCAGAUGGAAAUGUCUCGGAUUUUGAUAAUGAAGAAGAGGAACAGUCAGUCCCUCCCAAAGUGGACGAGAAUGACACCCAUCCAGAUGUGGAGACACCACUGCCGUUGCAGAUCCAAAUAGCCAUGGACGUGAUGGAACGCUGCAUCCACUUGUUGUCAGAUAAAAAUCUGCAAAUCCGCCUGAAGGUCUUGGAUGUGCUGGAUCUGUGUGUGGUUGUUCUUCAGUCCCACAAAAACCAGCUGCUUCCCUUGGCUCAUCGGGCCUGGCCCUCGCUCGUGCACCGACUCACACGGGACGCCCCCCUGGCAGUGCUUAGAGCCUUCAAGGUUUUACGUACCCUGGGAAGCAAGUGUGGUGACUUUCUACGCAGCCGGUUCUGCAAAGAUGUCCUGCCAAAGCUGGCUGGCUCCCUAGUCACCCAGGCCCCCAUCAGUGCCAGGGCUGGACCAGUUUACUCGCACACGCUGGCCUUCAAGUUGCAGCUGGCUGUCUUACAGGGCCUGGGCCCCCUCUGUGAGAGACUGGACCUAGGUGAGGGUGACCUGAAUAAAGUGGCUGAUGCCUGCUUGAUUUACCUCAGUGCCAAACAGCCCAUGAAAUUGCAAGAGGCUGCCAGGAGCGUCUUCCUCCACUUGAUGAAGGUGGACCCAGACUCCACCUGGUUCCUCCUGAACGAGCUUUACUGCCCCGUGCAGUUCACACCUCCCCACCCCAGCCUCCACCCCGUGCAGCUGCACGGGGCCAGCGGGCAGCAGAACCCCUACAUGACCAACGUGCUCCAGCUGCUCAAGGAGCUGCAGUGACCCUGCUCCCCCACCACAGAGGCCACCCAUCCCUCCCCUACUGCCAGCCAGAAGUUGGGCUGACCCCACCCCGGCCAUAGGCGGUGGCAGCAGCAGCAGAGAAGGUGAAUUAGUCAGCCAAUCUAUUUAUAAAUUGAUCGAUCACACAACUGCUUAGAAAUGGAUUGAAGGAAAGUAGCUGACUGUUAUUUAUAUUUCAUACCUUGUGUUUUCAAGUGACAUUGUCUGGUGGCUCUAAGGGUUUAACUCCUUAGCCUACCAUCUCUAUAGCCCCAGCUCCCUCACAGGCGCCACACACACACAGACACACACACGCGCGCACACACACACACACACACACACACACGUCAGUUAACUCCUUAGCCUACCAUCUCUAUAGCCCCAGCUCCCUCACAGGCGCCACACACACACACACGCACGCACACACACACACACACACACACACACACGUACGUCAGUUCCCCUCCAUCUGCAUACACCUCCCUCCCUUCAAAUAAUGAGAUGGAACUAAUUUGUUUUACCUAACCUGAUCUUUGUGAAACAAAUGGAAAUAAAGACCCUUCUUGGAUGAAAAGUA